GGAACCAAAAGCUGCUGCUGGGCUACCGGCUGUUACUCAUGCUGAAAUCGGAAAUUCCGACCCUGCUGAAGGCGGCCUGUGUGGGCUCCCUGGCGAACAUGUGCGACUCGGAUUGGUUCGCCUCUGAAUUUUUCAAUUCCGUGGCGCUGUUGUUACCUCAGUUGUGCGAGGUCGAGGGCACGGCGUACAGUGCGGUCAUGCAAACGGCGAGCAGAAUCGUGCAGAAGGAGAACGGAGUUGCAGGAAGUACAGUAACAUCAUCGUUGAACGGCGGGACAACCGCGACAACAUUGAACGACGGCGCACACGAUCCGACGCAGAUUUUGUCUUUGCUUGUGGAUGCCACGGGGUCGGUUAACGCCGAGGGGCUGCACUUGAUCACGGAAAUUCUCAACUUCGCGCUGGUCUGUCUGUACGCCGUGCCGUUGAAACGAAGGUUCAAGAACCUGCAGGUUUUGAAACUGACCCGGUUCGUCGUGGAGAAAGUGUACUUAUCCAUCUGCUGCUUGUCCCCGAAGCACUUCGUCGACGAAAAGCGGUACUGGAGAAUCUGUCUACUGUGCUCGAAGAUCCUGCGCGUCGUGAUGCGGGGUCCGCUGGUGAACAAGGAAACUUCGCAAGUCGACGCCUUGGCAGUUGUGGGCCAGAGCGAAGUGUUUGACGAGGACGUUUACAACGAAUUCACGAGUGGCGGGCGAGCCGGAGAGAGCCUUUAUUCGGGUGGUGGUGGUCCUACUUCGGGGAUUUAUUACGGUGGAAUGGCAAACAGCAUGAACAACAGCACCUACCCAGGAGCAACUGGUGGUCGUGUUGCUACUAGUGGCGGAACUAUGGCCGCGGACAACAACUACAACCCGUACACAUCGACAACACCAAACUCGACAACAUCCAGGAUCCCCGGCGCCCCGCCAACCGAGGAGCUUUCCCUGCCUACCUCCUGGCUGUUUCGGUGUUUUCUCGUGCGGCCGAGCGGCAUCUGCAUCCGCGUGUUGAUGCAGAUGAUCAGUUUGCACGGCCGGCUGCUGGAUGAGAAAAAGGGGAUUCUGUACCACCGCGACCUGGAAAAACAUCGGACGAACGUGGUGGCGACCAGCUUGGAUUUGUUGCGAAUUCUCUUCCAAAGAGACCAUUUGUUCCUGCAGCUGCACCAAUCGCAGUCGCUGGUGGGUUCUGCAUUGCAGCUCCCGGAUUUUGGGAAUUCCAACGCGGGGUCAAUGUUUUACAACGGAAUAAAUACGCCGCAGAAUCAACAGCAGUACGUGCGGGACGCGUAUGGAAAUCUCGUUCUCGUGAACGUCGCUGCAGACCUGCACCAAGAUCAUGUGAAUAACGGUCUGGGAACUACUACUUCCAAGAAAAACGCCGCGCUCUCCUACUCCGGGCUGGAAAUUGAGCACGUGACCGCGAUUGACGAGCUUCUGAAGCAAGACUACGCACUCCAAUGGCCGCCGGAAGAUUUUCUGGGCAAUAGUUCCGCCGGGGAACAAGGCAACGCGGAAGACCACGAAAACCCGAACAACACGAACAACAACGAGAACCCGUUUGUUCCCCGCACCGGCACGUUUGGGGACCGGUUGCGGAAGAAUUACCAGCAGUUGCUGGAGUUGAGCAGGAACAGCAACAACGCGAAUUCGAACAACAUUAUGGACAACAACAUUUUGAACCAGAAACCCUCGAAUUUGACCUUGAUUCUCUUCUACAUCUGCAGCAUCAACCGGCUGUCCAGUGUGAGCAAAAAGGCGAUGUUUGUUUUGUUGCAGAUGAUGAACCGGAAUUCCUCCGUCGUGGCGGAAACUCUGGAACUCUGCCCCAUGCUGAAGGAACUACUCAGUUACGGCUUGGCGCACAAUCUCUUCGAGCUCAACGCCGCGGAGGAGAUCGAAAACGUGUCCGGACAGCAGGAGUUCAGCAGGUAUUUGGUGGAAAAGCUGUCGACAAACAACUUAGCGUUGGAUUUCCUGGAGGAGUGCAAACAGCACUCCGACGCGGGCUUCGCGAUGCAGGAGGCGUAUUCAGUUUCCACCGGUUUUUCCAUUCUCGCAUCUCUCGAGCAGCAGCUGAACCUGCACGACGACAAAGCGGUGGAGUCCGUGGAUAUGCUGCUCGCACGGCUCUUAGCGGUGAACUCCUUGAAGAGUGUAUCGGCGGUGGGCGGGGGAGGAGGUGGUGUACAACUGGGUGGAUCAAGAUCUACUUCCAACACGACGAGUUCUAUGGGCAAUAAACCACUUUUCUUCGCCCGGGAACGGUCGAUCCGGACGGGUUACCUACAGGAUUCCACCCUCACCGCGGAGAACUUCGGGUUUGAAACCGCGGGCGACGAGGAGAUUUUCCAGCUGCUCCAGGACCAAUACAAGGAAGAAGUCGUCCCCUUCGACCAGGCCGCGCUCGCCGCGGGCAGGACGCCGGGGGUGCUACCCGGCUCCGUUGCGGACGUGAACUUCGCGAUGGGAGGAGGUGGAAGUGGAACUACAUCAAACUACAAAAACAGCACGCAAAACUCCUCGUCGUCCGCGGGCAAUAUGCUGAACUACAACACGUCGCAGAACCAUUUGGGGUCCUCCUUUCUGCAAAACACAAUGGCAGACGUCUCCGGGCCCUACCGGUCCGUGCGCCAGAUGCAAACCCCCCAGCACGUCGGGCCGAACGGCGAACUUUUAAAUCUCGCCGGCGCUCAAUCCAACCCGUAUCCUGUGCAAAAGUAUCGUACUCGUACAAAUGCAAGUCUUGCAUUACAAAUCUUGUUUCCAAGGCAAAUCUGCAUUACAAAUUUUAUUUCUCAUGCUGGGGAAAUUUGUAAUGCAUUUAUACGAUUACGAUACUUUUGCACUGCAUAACCCGGGCAGUCAGCCCAACAUCGGGUACAAGCCCUACUUGCCGGCGAACUCCACCGCCAUGCCGGAGUUGACGAAAAUACAGAGAAUCAUCCUCCACCGAUUCCAGCAGGACCAGCCGACCAAGCUCUUCCCCCAUGCGUACCGCGUGCCCGCGUUGAACAGAACACCUCUGCGGGAGCUGGUUCUCCUCGUUUUGAAAGAAGCGCUCGCAGUGUUACCGAAAGACCAGGACCACGCGGAAGCCCCGGCCAGCGACAAGCAGAACGAGAAGAUCCGCUUGGCGAUCGCGGUGUUAGGUUUGGCGAAAAACUACCAGGAGGAGCACAUCGAUUUGGACCCAGCGAGACAGGGCGGGACCUACUUGACGAACAGUUGCUUCCAGGGCUUGUACUUCCUGGCGGAGAACUACCCGGACAACCUGGACUCAGUUUCUGAUUUGUACCAACGGUUGGAUGAGGUCGCGCUCGCGCCGGUCGUGAUAUCAUCAACCUCUUCAGGCGAUGUAAUUGGUGGAGGACGUAGCAGGACCACUGCGGGACAGCAACAUCAUCAUGGCGCGAUCCCACAUUCCCGGUCGAAGUCUACCGCCGGUUCGCAGCACGAACCUCAUAGUUCCGCCCGGUCAAGCGGGCGGAGGCACUCCGGAGACAGAACCGCACUGCAAUCCGGAGGAGCCCAGCGCUCCGUUUCCGCCACUUCCGGGGCGGGUGGCGCUAACAAAAGCCGAUCGCCCCGACUGUCCUCCGCGUCGCGCUCCGGGUCACCCAGACAGCCGCAUCUUUCGCCGCGGUUGCAGGCUGCGGGCAGAGCAGGAGGACAUUCUAGGAGUAAAACGACCAGACAGGAGAAGCGCACGAAGAUCCACCCGUCCUGCCUCCCGUCGCGGGCGCAGCUGAGACAGUACAGCGACUUAUCGAUCGAAAGGAACCACAAAGAGUAUUUACUCGUUCUGGAAUUGAUUCUCCAGUGCGUCCGGAUUGCGGAGUUCCGCGAGGUGGGGUUGAGACUGCUCUCGACCAGCUUCAAAUCUAGAUACCGUGUGUUAGACUCCAUCGCGGACAGCCGGACGGAGUCCUUCCGCUACCGCCCCGCCUUUCUGCACCGAAUCCUUCUCUCCCAGGCAGUGACGCUGUUCAAACUGCAAACCUUGGAAUUGUCUCUCGUCCACAAGCUCGCCGCGGAGUUCCGGACUAAAAUGCUGCUCGGGAUGAGAACGACGAACAGCGGAAUCAAUAGUAGGAAGAAGCUGUUGCACAAACAGUUCGGAAUGGUGCAGGAGCACGAAGACUACAUGGAAUUGGAAUCGGAAAACCUCUUCGAAGACCCGACUAUCGAUGGCACGAGCGCCACCGCCGGGCUGUUGCUCACGCCCGCGGAGCGGCAGCGCGGCGAGUUCUUCCAGGCGACCACGCAGAACCUUGCGGACGAACUGGUCAGCCGCGUGAACCAGGUGACAAGCAGCAACGAGCCGCUAUUUGCGGCGAACAUGCGGCAUCUAAUGGACGGGUUGGCGCAGCUGUCGCCGGCGGAUAUUGGAAGUGGUGGUCCUCGUGGGGGGUCAACAGCGUCCUCAUCGAGCGCCGGCGUUGCUGGAAUCAGGUCGUCCUCCUCCGCAUCCCUACCCCUGGAUCUCGAGCAGUACUUGAAGCUCGCCCUGGACGGCUCGCAAACGCGGUCGAAGUACUACGACGAGCCUGCGGACGCCGCGAAGAGGAGAAAAACAGGUUCUACUGCGAGGAAUUUCGGUAGUGGGAGUAGCACCAGUCAGCACUUUUGUGCGGAGAUCGCGGCGGAGCAGGGGAUGUUUGUGGAAAAUUCAUCAUCGACGCUGUUCAAUGCGGGAGGUACAACUGCUGGUGGUCCUCCUCCUACCGACGCCGGUCGUGGUCCCGGGAAUUAUAUGGCAUCAAGCAAUCCAGCGAAUAAUUCUUCACAGCUGGCGUUGAUGGACUACGGGCAGCAGCAGAUGAGCAAUGUCCCCUUUAACCAACAAGCAAUCAACACCAAUUACACGGCCACCACCUCCAAAACCGCGACCUCCAAUGCCCUUUUCUACGACACCUCCAGUUUCUACCAGCUCGCCGGGCUUCUGUUUCUCACCCCCUACUUCGAAAGCCAGCGGCAGGUGCAGUCCAUGACCACGUACGGCACGUCCACCGGCUCCAUGGGCUAUUCUGAGUAAAAACGUCCCCACCCCAGAGUUGUCAUGCAAUUCUGCAUGCCAAAAAAGUAAAAGUUUCUCAUGCGGAGCCCUAUGAGAAGCAUUCUCUCUUCGUGUUUUGGGAUUUGUGAUGCUAGAAUCAGCAUGACAUGCUAGAUCUGUGAUGCUUCUGAGCUAGCUAAACAGGAUUACACUACGUGGACAAACUUGUCAUGCCAAACAACCAAAGCUGUGUGAUUUGUCUAGCAGAUGACUCUGUUGUGGGGACGUUUUUAAUCAGGAUAUGGCCAUGCCCGUGAACAGUGUGUUGUCGACGAACCCGGGUACUCUGGCCUAUCUGGAUUUGCGAGCCCGGAACGUGUGCAACUUCCUCCACCAGCAGAACCGGCGGAAGAUUGCCGCGGACUUGACGACCGAACUGGGACAAACCUUCACGGAAUUUCUCUACUGGACCCUGAUCUACACGAAGCCGGACCACGAGUCGCUCCGAAGUUCGUUCCGGAACCUGAUCGACGCCGGGAUUUUGUCGGCGGAAAAGGAGUUUUUCAAGCAAAAACUCCUCGCGGAGACCACCGCGACGGGGUCCAGCUCGAAGCAGUUCUUGAUGGUGUACUCCAGUCAAAACGCGGCGCUGCAGAUCCAACUGACAGAAGCCGCGCGGCAGGAGUUCUGUGCGAACUUGCUGUACUUGGUCACGAACAGCUUGUUGAAAGCGUCGGCUGAACUUCUUGCGGAGAGGACAGGAGCACGGGAAGAAAUAUCAAAUCCUGAAGAGAAGACACAGAAGAUUUUCGCCACGACCGCCACCAUCGACAACGCGAACGGGUCGGUUCCCAUGUCGUUCUUCCACAACUUGGCCCAGAAGCUGUUCAGCUUUUUACCCGUUUUGAAUAGCGGGACCUCCUCCGCGUCAAAGUUGGCGAUUUACAGUGCACUCAUACAGCUGCUGGGGAAGAUUUGCGGCACAGAAGUAGAUCUUGCUGGAGAUGAACCAAAUUCAACUAGAGUAGAACAACGAGAGUCCUCUCAGACGAAUCCUCACACGAGAAAAUUCCUGGUUUCCUCUACCACCGAGCACGACCAGUCGGUGAGUAUGCUGCUGCAGGAUGCGUUGGCGAAUGCGAAACUAGAUUCGAACUCCAUCAACAUCGCGGUGUCCAGCCUGUCCGUGCUCCGUUUUUUGGUCGAGAGAGACGAGGUUUUGCUUUCCGCCAAUUCCACCUACCUCUGGCAGUGCCUGAAGCAGAUUCUGAACCAGGCCUUCCGGUUCGCGAAGCAGACGAAGGACAUGCGGUUCGUCCGGGCGGUGCAGGCGUUGGUUGUGGCAAUGAAACUGCAGGAGGAGAGGGGGGAUAGCAGUGUAGCAGGCGACAUGGACAACGACCAAGAUGCACCAUUUGCAGCAAGAACAUCCGCAGGUAAUACUAGCGACGACGGUCUAUCAGGAGCAUCAAGCUUCGUUACCGCCAUGUACGAAUCUGGUUUUCUUUCCCUCUGGUUCCAGGGCGCCGCCAGCAUUUUCCUCUCAAGCGAAAUCGCCGGAAGUGGGCUGGGCUUCGGCUCCUUGACCUCCGCCGCGGGAAUUAAUACUCAUGGCGCCGGGGCCCCGGGUUACAACUUCAGCAGAGGCGCAGGAGGACGGGCGAAUUCAUCUUUGCAGAGAACAAGAUCCGAAACCGCUGUGUUGGAAGCCACGGCGCUCACCCUGAUCCAGUUUCUGGCGACCAUGAUAGUCGUGGAAACCGAUGAGGGAACCAAUGAAGGAACAAAUCAGCCGUUUUACCUGUGUCAGGAGCAACUCUUUCAGGAGCUGGAGUCCUUUCUGGUCAACUGCGUCGAAAAAUCCCAACUGGUCCAGGAAUCCUGUACCAACGCCGUCCGAGAUUUAACCACGAUCUCCGCGCUCGGAGUCUCAGGGACGAGUGGCGGCGGAUUUCUGUCCUACAAUAGCGACGCGAUGCCGAGUUUCAACAACCCGCCAAGAAGUAGGAUGAAUACCAGAACUGCACAACACCAGCAGCAUUCAAACCUUCAGCGAUCGAUGCAGCGAGCAGCUUCGUCAAAGUCCGCCUCCUCCGUCUCGAUUGCGUUGCUGUCCCAAAUCCUGGCGCUUCUCAGCAGCUGCAGCACGCACUCGCACUUAUCCUACGUGGAGACAGGGACGCAGGAGUUGAGUAGCUCCAGCGGAAUUAUGGCAGGAAGGAAUCUAUCGAACCUAGUAGCGCAGCAGACGACAACGCUCGCAAUCAGGAAUGACAACGGGAAUGCAUCGAUGGGAGUCGACGUAAGUUCCGGCGCACCAGCACAACAAGUGGGGGUAGGAGCCGCAGGAACAACAUCUGCGCCUUCCCAAGCAGUUCCGUCGAUAAGCAAGCGAUCGCUCCUCCUGUCGCAAUUGGGUAAGGACCUGCUGAUUGCGUGUUCCGCCUCUGCGGGCCUGAAUCGGGACGCAAGCGACAUGACCAUGCAUUUGUUGAACAUUUUCCGCCUGGACCUGACAGCACUGAUAACCGGGCCACGGGCGGCGAGAAUACCGGACACGCGAAGUCUAUUGCAGCAGACCGCGCCAGGUACGACUAAGUAUAUAUAAGUAGAGUUGUCCUCGUGGUCGGUAUACAUAGUGCCUUACAUCACGCGUUCGAUUGCUACACACUUAAAACAUUUUUGAGGGGGAAUGCAGGCUAACUUAGCAAACCUCCAGUAGUUGUGAUGCAGAAAAACCAUGAAUCAAAUUCAAAUUUUAAUUUCAGGUAACCUCCCCUCUGGUUUUUCCGCGGGUGGAAGUCUGUUGGGUGCCGUGCGAAAUUUCUUCACCGGCCAGAGACAAUCGUCGCCCUACAGCAGGCCACAGCCAAGAGACACGACGGCGCAACCGCAGCAGAGCGGCGGUGUUUACAAUGGUGCCGCAAGUAGAACUACAAGUAGCUUCCCCGCGAACCAACAAGACACCAGCACCUAUAACCCGAUGCUCGACGGCCAGCAGCUCGCAGAAGAGAUUGACGCUUCCGGGCGGUUGCUCACCCUGGCCGAGGCCAGCCGACGCCUCAACACCACCGCUGCGGGGCUGCAGUACGCGAUGAUGCACCAUGGUAGUGGAAUGGAUCAUCAGACGGAAAAGGAAAAUUUGCUGUCCGUCGUCCAGGCACUAAAAGAGAAUUUGCUGUACACCUUGGUCCUCUACGCCGUCUUCCUGGGACGACCCAUCCAGGAGGUGCUGGGGGCUGAGCAGCCUCUGGUCAGCUUUGAAGACCUGAAGGAAAGCCUGUUUUUGCGAGAAUUACUGCUGGUGUAGCAGUAUAAUUCUUGAGAUGUAGCAGGUGGCUCUCUGUAGCUGAAGCAGACUAUUAUUGAAUAAUCUUCGACAAAAGCCAGAUGCAGGUGGUGCAAUUACGCAUUUACAAUAUUGGCACUUUUUGUCGCGAUAAAGCAUCGACUCGCGCAAUGGGUUGGUGUGAGGUAUUAUGUGUAACGUUCUAAACUAAAUCACGAGGUCCUGCUGUACCUCUAGGUGGAAUGAUUCGUAUAGCUGAUGAUCUGCACGCAAUUUACAAAAAAUGUUCUACCACAACAAGCAACGCAGCACAGGUUGAUCGAAAGCGACUGAAU